CGCAAAAAACUUCUGGCCAGGCAGGCUGAAGGUGUGUCUAUGUAUCGAGUCGUUCCAUGGUGUUCACAGGCGCAAUCGCCCCGGUAGAUUGUUUUCUACAUCAUACGCACAAGCUCAGAACAGCAAAGACAAAGUUGGUCCGAUGGGUUGGUUUCUGUUGGCCAUGCCAGUUACUGCAUUUGCUCUUGGCACAUGGCAAGUGAAAAGGCGAGAAUGGAAACUGAAACUUAUUGAGGAGCUGUCGGAGAGGUCGAGAAGGAACCCCGUGGAGUUACCAGCAGACUUUAGUGAAAUUGAAAACUUGGAGUAUUGUCCUCUGAAAGUGAGAGGAACGUUCGACCACUCAAAAGAAGUGUUCCUCGGGCCUCGCUCCCUUCUGACCUCAGAGGACACCAGUUCAGCGCUGAUGCCUGGCAAAUCGGGUGUGCUAGUCGUAACUCCAUUCAAGUUGGCAGACAGAGAUGAGACGAUUCUGGUGCAGCGAGGUUGGAUUCCGUCAAACAAAAAGAAUCCACAGACCAGGAUGGAAGGCCAAGUUGAAGGCGAAAUUGAACUAACAGGCGUGGUGCGAACAAAUGAACAACGGACAGCUUUUAUUCCUCGAAGCCAACCUGCCCACAAAAUGUAUUACUUUAGGGAUCUGGACACAAUGUCAAGAGAGCUUGGAACAGAACCGAUCAUGAUAGACGCCAACGCAAACAGCACCGUGUCUGGUGGACCCAUUGGAGGUCAAACCAGGGUCACAUUAAGAAACGAGCAUUUUUCCUACAUUUUGACUUGGUACUCGCUGAGUGCUUUUACUGGGUACAUGUGGUAUAGAAAUGUGAUCAAAAAGGUACCUUUAUUGUAAAAUAAGAACUCAGGCUGUUGCGUUGAUUAAAAAUUUUCUCCGUAUUUA